UGUUCUGCUCCAGGAUCUCUUGCGUUUACAUUCAGUGUGAUGUCAAAUGAGUUUAUUUGGUCAAAUCUACCUGCAGGCUGUCAAACCUGCAGAAUAAACCACCCCGUGUGUUUUAGUCCUCCUCCUCAUGUCUGGGCGAGGAAGAACAUGACCGGACAUGAUCUGCAGGAGGGACCAAGUCACACACUUUAACUCCAGCCUCUCUGCAGCAUGGCGAGUCAAACAAAGACGUUGAGACAUGCUCUGCUGCUCAUCACCUAGAUGUGUCACAAGAUUACAUAAUGACUUCCUCCCUUUUUUAUGGUUGCUCCACUGUUACAGCGCCCUUUGAGCUGCAGGGACUAUUCUGGACCUGGCACACACACUGCUCAUUCCUCCUAUCAGGGAAUUGGACCAAUAACCCGGGCAGUGUUGAUAUCGCUUACCCUCAGGCGUACAGUGGUGUGUGUGUCUGUAAAUGGUGGCGUCCAUGGCCUCAUGACCUCAGUGAUGAAUAGAGGCUCAGUAGGAAGGCAUGGCACCAAUGCCUGGAAUUUCAGCUCCCAGCAGAACAAUGAGAGAACCACUACAGAGCUGCGCCUCCAUGAGGCGAAGGUAAUUAAGGACCGGAGGCACCACCUUCGAACUUACCCAAACUGCUUUGUGGCCAAGGAGCUCAUUGAUUGGCUGAUGGAACAUAAGGAAGCCACAGACCGGGACACGGCCAUUAAGAUCAUGCAGAAACUCUUAGACCAGAGCAUCAUUCACCACGUGUGCGACGAGCACCGGGAGUUCAAAGACUUGAAGCUGUUUUACCGCUUCAGAAAGGACGACGGCACAUUUCCACUGGAUAACGAAGCCAAGGUCUUCAUGAGGGGACAGAGGAUCUAUGAGAAGUUGAUGAACACAGAAAACAACUUGGUACAGACUCGAGAGGAGGAGGGUGUGUCGUUUGAGCGGACGCUGGUGGCGUCGGAGUUCAUCGACUGGCUGCUGCAGGAGGGGGAGAUGCCGACCAGGGAGGAGACCGAGCAGCUGGGACGGCGGCUUCUAGAACAUGGCAUCAUUCAGCACGUCACCAACAAGCAUCACUUUGUCGACGGACUUCUUCUCUACCAGUUUCGCAUGAACUUCCGGCGGCGGCGGCGUUUGAUGGAGCUUCUUCAAGAACGCAGCCGCAGCAUCCCUGAGAGUUACGACAGUCCCUUCUGUCUGCGUAAACAGCACUCGGAUGGAGGGAACACCAGCUUCCUGUCAGUGAGUCCCACUAAAGAGAUAAAGGUGUUGGUUGGCGCUCGGCGGAGCAGCAUGAGCAGCAGCUGUGGCAGCAGCGGUUAUUACAGCAGCAGUCCCACGCUCAGCAGCAGUCCACCUGUUCUCUGCAACCCCAAAUCUGUUGUGAAGAGACAAGUGAGUCCAGAGGAGCUGCUGACACCAGGAGGACCUUUUGUAAAGAAGACAUUCACUAUUGUCGGGGACGCUGUGGGCUGGGGCUUUGUGGUGCGAGGCAGUAAACCCUGUCACAUCCAGGCCGUGGACCCCGGUGGACCUGCUGCUGCUGUGGGCAUGAAGGUGUGUCAGUAUGUUGUGUCCGUGAAUGGACUGAACGUCCUCUGCCACGACUACCGGACCGUCAGUAACCUGAUCCUGACUGGACCCAGGACAAUAGUGAUGGAGGUGAUGGAGGAGCUGCAGGUUUGACUUGGAGAACGUGGGUUUAUGGUUCUUGAACUGGACGGAUGGAAAUGGACGACACGACUCCCUCUUUCCUGUUGAGAUGAGGCGGAUGUUGGAGGACCAGGCUGUCAGUGCCUCCACCUGUGAAGAUGAGCAUUUUACUUUUAAAUGAAACAAGACGACAUCUGUAAUCCACCUUUUCUUUAAGUCAUUCUUGAGGAGAAAACUCCAGUUUUAUGGAGAAAACAUCCGCAAAUUCCUGGUUUGUGUUCUGGAUCACGAGGUCGUGAUAAAACAGGUCACAGAAUCAGAAAGCUGAGAGGAUAAAGUCAGCGAUAAAACUGAACACAUGAAUGUUUCAUGGAAACACGCAGUGACCUCUGCCCCAGUAAGGCAGCAGAACAUCACCUGGGUUCAUUUACUGCCCCACACUGCCCUCUACUGGACUUUACAGGAAGAUGCACAUUAGUAUGUUUGCAUCUAUCUGAGGAAAAAAGAUCAUUCUGCUCCUGCUGUGUACCAAGUUAGCCCAGAACAGCUAGAUGUGUGUUCAGCAGGCUCAAGUAAAAAAGCUAAGUGAUUAGCAUCAUUUUUAUGGCUUCAUGUAUAUUCUUAGACAAAAUAAAUAAAUAAAUGAACACAAAUCUAGGCUUUUAGCAGAAAAUCUGAUGAUCAGACUGAAACAUUCUGCUGCACCUCUAAGGAACUGGAUUUAAACAUUUUAGUUUAAGUAAAGAAUCACACAUUUAUUCAUCUAUUGAUGCAAAAAUGGAAUUUUUGAUAAUUCACAUGAAAACUUAAGAAAUGCAAAAAUCAUAAUAAUAAAGUCCAAAACUCUUAAUUUAAUUGUGUUAAUUGAAUUCUAUUAGAAAACACGUGUUUUGCUUGUGUGUGUUAAUAAGGACUAAAUCAGCUUGAAUAGAUCAAAUGUUGCAUCAUUUCCUGUUCAGUGGAUCAGACUGGUGCCAAGCACACACGUUUAUUCUUAUUUCUAUUAAUAAAUCAUAUUUUAUUUAGCUUGGCCUUUGAUGGACUCAAAUAUAAUUAAAAUUCCAGCAGAAGUCCCCAUCAGAAAAGUUUUGAUGAGUAAUCUCCAAACUUUUGCAUAUUUCUUUGCAAUUUCAUUCAAAGAUCCUUAAAUAAAGUCAAAGUGUGAGGCC